AUGCAGAAAUCAGUAUUUGCGGAGAUUCCUAUAGGUGUGGAAGAUGAGCCGUUUCAACUCACAGCCUUAUACGAAAUCGACCCCUCGCCUGAAAAGGUAAAUCUCAGCAUCGGUGCAUAUCGCGACGCGGAUGGAAAGCCAUGGGUCUUACCGGUAGUUCGAAAAACUGAAAUGGAGAUAUGCUCCAACCGGGCUCCUACACACGAAUAUCUACCAAUCCGUGGGCACUCCGAGUUCCUCACCGCCGCCAUGACUCUUCUCUUUCGGGAUCUAGAACCACAACUAAGCUCCCGAAUUGCAUCUAUGCAAACUUUAUCUGGAACUGGGGCAUGCCAUGUCGGAGCUAGACUACUCGCUGAUUUCUUGAAGCCCAAGUCAGUCUGGAUUUCCGACCCAACCUGGAAUAACCACCACAUCAUUUGGAAAUUAGUCGGAGAGCACAUUCAGCGAAAGACUUAUCCUUAUUACAACCCGCAAACCAAGGCAAUUGAUGAAGAUGGUAUGCUUGCAGCGCUUGAAGGGGCCGAGGAAGGAGAUGUUGUUAUUUUGCAUGCUUGUGCACACAAUCCAACCGGCCUUGACCUAGACCAGAGACAAUGGACCGAAUUAGCAAACCUCAUAUCACGGAAAAGGCUACACCCUUUCUUUGAUGUAGCAUAUCAAGGAUUUGCAUCCGGUGAUCCUGAUAAAGACGCCUGGGCGGUUAGAUACUUUGUCGGCAGAGGUCUUGAGCUUUGUAUUUCCCAAGCCUUUUCCAAAAACAUGGGGCUAUAUGGAGAAAGGGUCGGUGCACUUCAUGUUGUAACCAGCAAUGUCAUCAGCAAAGACUUGGUACAAGGUCAAUUGGCCUAUUAUCAACGCGGCGAGAUUUCGACUCCCCCAACGCAUGGCGCUCGCAUAGUUUCCGUUAUUCUCCAGGAUCAGAGUCUUCGAAACGAAUGGUUAAGAAAUUUGAAAGAGAUGACUUCGAGAAUCGGCUCUAUGAGAGUGUCAUUAUAUGAAGAGUUUCAAAAACUUGGAACCCCAGGGUCUUGGAAUCAUUUACUCCAACAGACCGGCAUGUUUUGCUACACAGGUCUGUCUGCUGCGCAUGUUUCUGCGUUACGAAUUCGGUACCACGUCUACAUGCUGUGUUCAGGCAGACUUGCGAUUCCUGGAAUGAAUGAGCAUAAUAUUAGGUAUGUUGCAAAAAGCAUAGAUACUGUAGUCCGGGAGCUUGCAGCCUAG